AUGUCGUCUCCGCUCAAGAGAAUGUUUUCUAUGAAGAAGGACACUGCUCCCAGUGGCCCGUCAGAGGAGCCUUCUGCCAAGUCAAGCGACCGCAAGGAGAAGAAGAUUCUGGAACUGAAGCUUGAGAUCACGGAGCUGAAACGUGAGAUCACGGGACUGAAACGCGAGAUCAGGGUAAACAAGAGUGAUUUCGAAAACACUAUUAGUGUGUUGAGCGGAUGUCGCGAUGACGCGAUGAACGCCGAGCAUACAGUCGCGGAACAGUGGAGUCGCCUCACAAGUGCCCUUGAAGUCUUCCAAGACCUAGACAAGCAGCUCGGAUCAAUCUAUGACCGAAAGGGAAUUGACAAGGCCAUCAUGGAUGCGACCACUAAACAUGACGUGCUUGGUUACAAGAGACAUGAGGCCCUCAAGAAGGUCAACCAGGCUGAGCAAGAGAUUGCAGGAUGCCGGGACACCAUCGAAAGGCACGCCAGCACACUCAAGGCCUACAUUAAGUCUCGAGUGGACUAA